AUGCUGGAAGAAGACCGGAAUGGAUUGGACACGAAAGUAGCUAACUGGUUGGCUUGGGAUAAGAAUGAGAAAACGCGAACUUGCAUAGCUGCUCUAGCAGAGGCGAAGAACUACACCGCAUUGGCAGCUCGGAUGAAUGGCCGACUUGUAUUUGGCACUGCAGGAAUUCGUGCUCGGAUGGAUGCCGGAUUCGCUUGUUUGAACGAUCUUACGAUCAUCCGGAUUACGCAUGGCUUCGCCACACAUAUAUUGGCCGAACGUGCAGGCCAGAAGUUAAACGGAGUGGUGAUUGGUUACGAUGGACGACACAACAGCAAACGCUUUGCUCAUCUGGCCUCUAAUGUUUUCAUUCGUAACGGUAUUCCCGUCUAUCUCUUCAGUGAAGUAUGUCCGACUCCUAAUGUCUCUUUUGCAACAAUUGUGCUGAAAUGUGAUGCUGGCUUAAUUAUAACGGCUUCUCACAAUCCUAAAGAAGAUAACGGCUAUAAAGCUUACUGGAGUAAUGGGGCUCAGAUUAUUGGUCCACAUGACACAGAAAUUAUCCGUAUAGCUGAAUCUGAGACGAAGCCUAGAGAUGAAUAUUGGGACAUUAAUGAACUAACUUCAAAUCCUAUGUUAAAAUCUGCUGACACCACCAUUGAUCCCUAUUUUGAAAUUGAAAAGUCUCUCAUUUAUCACAGAAAAAUCAACGAGACAACACCGUUAAAAAUCACCUAUUCUGCUUUCCAUGGUGUGGGGUACUUGUACGCCAAGCGUAUGUUCGAGGAAUUUGGUUUUCCUGAGGAUCACUUCAUUUCGGUGAAAGAACAAGAAAAGCCGGAUCCCGACUUCCCAACAGUUCCUUUUCCUAAUCCUGAAGAAGGGCAUAAGGUACUAACACUUUCGUUCAAAACGGCGGAUGCUCACGGAUCUACAGUAAUCCUUGCGAAUGAUCCUGAUGCUGACAGAAUUCAGUUGGCUGAGAAACAACCUAGUGGGCAGUGGCAUGUCUUUACCGGGAACGAAAUGGGCGCCUUACUAACUUGGUGGGUGUGGACAAACUGGCACCAAGCUCAUCCGGAAGUGAAUAAAUCGAAUGUCUACGUCAUAAACAGCGCUGUUUCCUCACAAAUAGUAAGAACUAUUGCGGAAACCGAAGGUUUCAAUAGCGACGUCACUCUGACUGGAUUUAAGUGGAUGGGAAACAAAGCCGAUGAACUGCGCGCCAAGGGAAAACAUAUGAUUCUUGCUUGGGAGGAAAGUAUCGGAUAUAUGCCAGGGCAUACUCUUGAUAAGGUUGAUUAG